UGGCCGGAUCGGCGCCAAAUGGCGGCUUUGUAACUUAGCGAGGACAUCCGUCCCAUAUCCCCUCCAUCCGCCGGUUUAGCAGUCUCUCCUCUCCGGGGAAGCAGCACUGAACUCGGGGCAGCGGGGAGAACCAAUCAUUUCCCAGGUGUUUAAGCGCUUCCGCCUUGGUCCGCCAUCAUGUUUCUGUACAAUAUCACACUACAGAGAGCCACCGGCAUCAGCUUUGCCAUCCAUGGCAACUUCUCAGGAACAAAACUGCAGGAGAUUGUUGUAUCCCGGGGUAAAAUCCUGGAGUUGCUUCGACCUGAUGCCAAUACCGGUAAGGUGCACACGCUCCUGACGGUGGAGGUUUUUGGCAUUAUUCGUUCCCUCAUGGCCUUCCGUCUGACCGGAGGAACCAAAGAUUAUAUAGUGGUGGGUAGCGACUCGGGACGUAUCAUCAUCUUGGAAUACCACCCUUCCAAGAAUAUGUUUGAGAAGAUCCACCAGGAAACGUUCGGAAAGAGCGGAUGCCGCAGGAUUGUGCCGGGACAGUUCCUGGCUGUGGACCCUAAAGGAAGAGCUGUGAUGAUUAGUGCUAUUGAGAAGCAGAAGCUGGUCUAUAUUCUGAAUCGAGAUGCUGCUGCCAGGCUCACGAUCUCCUCGCCGCUGGAGGCCCACAAAGCCAAUACCCUGGUGUACCACGUCGUGGGUGUGGACGUUGGUUUUGAAAAUCCGAUGUUUGCUUGUCUUGAAAUGGAUUACGAGGAAGCUGAUAAUGACCCAACUGGUGAAGCUGCUGCCAACACACAGCAGACGCUGACGUUCUAUGAACUUGACCUUGGGCUGAACCACGUGGUGAGAAAAUACAGCGAGCCCCUGGAAGAACAUGGGAACUUCUUAAUCACAGUUCCUGGAGGAUCAGAUGGUCCCAGCGGAGUGCUCAUCUGUUCUGAGAACUACAUCACAUACAAGAACUUUGGGGACCAGCCAGACAUCCGAUGUCCAAUUCCGAGGAGACGGAAUGACUUGGAUGAUCCAGAACGAGGCAUGAUAUUCGUCUGCUCAGCAACGCACAAAACAAAGUCCAUGUUCUUUUUCCUUGCCCAAACAGAGCAGGGUGACAUCUUUAAGAUUACGCUGGAAACCGAUGAGGACAUGGUGACCGAAAUCCGCUUGAAGUAUUUCGAUACAGUUCCUGUGGCCUCAGCGAUGUGCGUCUUAAAAACCGGCUUUCUCUUUGUGGCAUCGGAGUUUGGCAACCAUUACCUGUACCAGAUUGCUCACCUGGGGGAUGACGACGAGGAGCCGGAAUUCUCCUCCGCCAUGCCCCUUGAGGAGGGAGAUACCUUCUUCUUCCAGCCUCGCCCGUUGAAGAACCUUGUGCUUGUGGAUGAGCAGGACAGUCUUUCUCCCAUCAUGUGCUGUCAGAUAGCUGACUUGGCUAAUGAAGAUACACCCCAGUUAUACGUGGCUUGUGGGCGAGGACCACGUUCUUCUCUCAGGGUUUUGAGACAUGGGCUUGAGGUAUCUGAAAUGGCCGUGUCUGAGCUGCCCGGAAACCCCAAUGCUGUGUGGACUGUAAGGAGGCACAUCGAAGAUGAGUAUGAUGCCUACAUCAUUGUGUCCUUCGUCAACGCCACGCUGGUGCUCUCUAUCGGAGAGACUGUAGAGGAAGUUACAGAUUCUGGUUUUCUGGGAACGACUCCGACUCUGUCUUGCUCUUUGCUUGGGGAGGAUGCCUUAGUGCAGGUAUAUCCGGACGGAAUCAGACACAUCCGUGCAGACAAGAGGGUAAACGAGUGGAAAACCCCUGGCAAAAAGAUCAUUGUGAAAUGUGCAGUGAACCAAAGGCAGGUGGUGAUUGCACUGACUGGGGGAGAGCUUGUCUACUUUGAGAUGGACCCAUCUGGGCAGCUUAAUGAGUACACGGAGCGCAAGGAGAUGUCUGCUGACGUGGUGUGCAUGAGCUUGGCCAACGUCCCCCCUGGAGAGCAGCGUUCACGCUUUCUGGCUGUUGGUCUGGUUGAUAACACGGUCCGAAUCAUCUCUCUCGACCCUUCAGAUUGUUUGCAACCACUCAGUAUGCAGGCACUGCCUGCGCAGCCAGAGGCCCUGUGUAUCGUGGAAAUGGGUGGUGCAGAAAGACAGGAUGAGCUGGGUGAGCGUGGAUCCAUCGGGUUCCUGUACCUCAACAUAGGGCUGCAGAACGGAGUUUUGCUCAGAACAGUUCUAGACCCUAUCACCGGUGACCUGUCUGACACCAGGACGCGGUACCUGGGAUCACGUCCUGUGAAACUCUUCCGUGUCAGAAUGCAGGGCCAAGAGGCGGUCCUCGCCAUGUCCAGUCGUUCCUGGCUCAGCUAUUCGUACCAGUCGAGGUUCCAUCUCACACCUCUGUCAUAUGAGACCCUGGAGUAUGCGUCUGGCUUCGCGUCUGAGCAGUGUCCUGAGGGAAUCGUGGCCAUUUCGACCAACACGCUGAGAAUUUUGGCUCUGGAGAAGUUGGGAGCUGUGUUUAACCAGGUGGCAUUCCCCCUCCAAUAUACCCCCCGCAAGUUUGUUAUCCAUCCUGACAGUAACAACCUGAUCAUCAUUGAGACGGAUCAUAAUGCGUACACGGAAGCGACCAAGGCCCAGCGCAAGCAGCAGAUGGCAGAGGAGAUGGUAGAAGCAGCAGGAGAGGAUGAACGGGAGCUUGCAGCAGAGAUGGCUGCCGCCUUUCUCAAUGAGAAUUUACCAGAGUCCAUCUUUGGAGCACCUAAGGCUGGCAGUGGUCAGUGGGCGUCCGUCAUCCGUGUAAUGAACCCUAUACAGGGAAACACUCUGGACAUGGUGCAUCUGGAGCAGAACGAGGCUGCUUUCAGUGUGGCUGUUUGCCGUUUCAGUAACACUGGAGAUGAUUGGUACGUUUUGGUAGGUGUGGCAAAAGACCUUAUCUUAAACCCUCGCUCCGUGGCUGGUGGCUUAAUAUACACAUACAAACUGGUGAACAAUGGAGAGAAGCUGGAGUUUGUGCACAAGACAUCUGUUGAGGAGGUACCUGCUGCCAUUGCACCCUUUCAGGGGCGAGUGUUGAUUGGCGUUGGGAAGUUACUGCGAGUUUAUGACCUUGGGAAGAAAAAACUGCUGAGGAAAUGUGAAAACAAGCACAUAUCGAAUUUCAUUGUGGGCAUCCAGACGAUCGGGCAACGUGUCAUGGUUUCAGACGUACAGGAGAGCUUUCUGUGGUUGCGGUAUAAGCGAAAUGAGAACCAGCUUAUUAUUUUCGCUGAUGACACUUACCCCCGCUGGGUAACCACGUCCUGUCUGCUGGACUACGAUACAGUAGCUGGUGCAGACAAGUUUGGAAAUAUCUGUGUGGUUCGGUUACCCGCAAACAUAAAUGAUGAUGUUGAUGAAGAUCCAACUGGUAACAAAGCUCUGUGGGACAGAGGUCUUCUUAAUGGGGCUUCUCAGAAGGCUGAAGUGAUAGUGAAUUACCAUGUGGGAGAGACUGUACUGUCGCUGCAGAGGACCACACUAAUCCCAGGUGGCUCAGAAUCCUUGGUGUACACCACCCUGUCAGGCGGAAUCGGCAUCCUGGUGCCCUUUACAUCACACGAGGACCACGAUUUCUUCCAGCACGUAGAGAUGCACUUACGUUCUGAGCAUCCGCCAAUCUGUGGCCGAGACCACCUCAGUUUCCGCUCCUAUUACUUCCCUGUUAAGAAUGUGAUAGACGGUGACCUGUGUGAGCAGUUUAACUCUAUGGAGCCGGUCAAGCAGAAGAGUGUGGCUGAGGAGCUUGAUCGAACACCUCCAGAGGUCUCUAAGAAGCUUGAAGAUAUCCGCACGCGUUAUGCCUUCUAAUAGGGAGCAGCAUCUUUUUUUUUUCUUGUGCUCCACAGCC